AUGGCCUCUGCUGCAUCCUUCGCCGAGCGCCUUCUCGGCCGCGACGGUCCGUCGGUCGCUCUCCUCUUCCUCCUCUACACCCUGCAGGGCAUUCCCAUGGGGCUGAGUGGGAGUGUCCCCUUUCUGCUCUCCGGCAAGAUUUCCUACAAGCAGCAGUCGCUCCUCUCGCUCGUUUCGCUGCCUUUCAGCUUGAAGCUGCUGUGGGCGCCGCUCGUCGACGCGCUGCACUCUCCGCGCAUCGGCCGCCGGCGCUCGUGGCUGCUGCCUGUGCAGUUCCUCGCGGGUUCGCUCAUGGUCUGGGGAGGUGCGCCCGAGCGGAUCAUGAACUGGAUUGGAGACGGCGCCGACGGACAGACAGAGCCGAACGUGGAGUCGCUGACGCUCUUCUUCGGCAUUCUCUACUUCCUCAUGGCAACGCAGGACAUCGCCGUCGACGGCUGGGCGCUGACGAUGCUCAGCGCAGACAACAAAGGAAUGGCCUCGACGUGCAACACAGUCGGGCAGACGCUCGGGUACUUUGUCUCCUACGUCGGCUUCCUCGCUCUGAACGACCCGCAGACCUGCCGGCGCUUCCUCCCCGCCGCGCUGCUCCCGGCCGCCGUCAAAGAGGGCGAUCAGCCUGCGGCGCUUCUCGACCUCGCGGGCUUCCUCAGGUUUUGGGGCUGGGUGAUCAUCGGGACGACUGCGGCCGUGCUGCUUUUCUUCCCCGAGGAGUACAGCAGCAAGGCGGGCGCGGGGGCCGCCGAGGCGGCGCGGCGGCGGAGGGACUCCCUGCCUGCGCGGCUGCGCGCAGAAGCGGCGCUGUCGGCGGGCCCUCUCGGCGCUCCGGGCGAGGAAGUGCAUCUCUUCACGGAUGAGAUUCUCGCGGCGAGCGAAAAGCCGGCAAAAACCGAGGACUCUAGCGCAUGCAGGAAUUCGGCUGUGACGCGUCCUCUGUGCAGCGCGUCACGCGAAGACGCAGUCGAGGAGCUUCAGGACGCCGACGACUCGAACUGCGAGCCCGAGGGCGUCGUCGAGUCCUACAUUCUUCUCUGGAAGCUCCUCUUCCUCCCGCCGGUGCGCACGGUCAUGGCCCUGCUGCUGACGUGCCGAAUCGCGUUCGCCGGCGUCGACGCCGCGACGCAGCUCAAGUUGAUUGAGCGCGGCGUGAAGAAGGAGGACCUCGCGCUCUUCGCGCCCCUCAUCCUCCCUCUCGGCAUCAUCUGCCCGAUGGUCGUCGGUCGCUUCCUCCGUGGAUGCUUCCCGCUGCGGCUCUUCUCGUACGGCUACGUCCUACGCAUGGCGAUGUGCCUCGUCUGGUCAGCUGCGGUCGGCUGGACGGGUCGCCUCUUGGGCGACGACGCGGGCGCGAGCAUGUCCUCCGGCGCGUGGACGGUCUUCUACGGCGCGUUGUUCGUCAUCACAGGCCUCUACAACGUCUGCUCUGACCUCAUGUUUGUUUCUCAGGUGGCCUUCUUCGCGCAGGUGUCCGAUCCUCGUAUCGGGGGGACGUACAUGACUUUCCUCAACACCGUCACCAACCUCGGCGUCAGGUGGCCGAACACGCUCAGUCUCCUGCUGAUGGAUACCGUUUCGAUUCAGGAUUGCUCAGAAGACGGUCAGUGUUUCGUCGUGCUCGACGCCUACUUCGUUCAGAUCGCCGCGUGCUUUCUCGCAGGCAUGGUGUGGCUGGCGCUCUCUUGGCGCCGCAUCGAGGCCCUGCAGCACGUCCCGCCCGAGGAGUGGCGGGUGACGAUCGCGCGGUCAGAGGUUCGCCCCCACGAGACCGAGGAGUCGAAAAAGGAUUUGUAA